UAACAGGUGGAACAGGACUAACAGGUCUAACAGGUGGAACAGGACUAACAGGUGGAACAGGUCUAACAGGUCUAACAGGUGGAACAGGACUAACAGGUAUAACAGGUGGAACAGGUCUAACAGGUGGAACAGGUCUAACAGAUCUAACAGGUCUAACAGGACUAACAGGUGGAACAGGACUAACAGGUCUAACAGGUGGAACAGAUCUAACAGGACUAACAGGUCUAACAGGACUAACAGGUGGAACAGGUCUAACAGGUGGAACAGGUCUAACAGGUAUAACAGGUGGAACAGGUCUAACAGGUGGAACAGGUCUAACAGAUCUAACAGGUCUAACAGGUGGAACAGGUCUAACAGGUAUAACAGGUGGAACAGGUCUAACAGGUGGAACAGGUCUAACAGAUCUAACAGGUGGAACAGAUCUAACAGGUGUAACAGGACUAACAGGUGUAACAGCAUUUAGUAGAAUAUAUUGGACAACAACACAUCUGCAGAAAAGGUAGAAAAUAGCAGACAAGCAUAAAAUAUUAAAGUUCUGCAUUUAUUUCUAUGGUUGUCCCUGACAUGUUCCAGCUUAAUCAAGGUGAAGACUAGCAGAUAGAAAACAUAAAAACCACUCAGGAAGGUAGAAGGUAGGUUUCAGCAGCAGUAGGUUUCAGCUAUAGCAUCCUCUGCAGGCGUCAGACAAACAUGGAGGCUCAGUUUCAAACUUUCACUGUCGUGGGUCUCACAUCAGACAAUGAUGACAUCCACUGCAGAGAGGAGAUCCAGCUCCUUAUCUAGCAAUGGUCAGACAACAACCUUGUUCUGGACACCAGCAAGACAAACAAGGUCAUGGUGGACUACAGGAGGUCAUGGUGGACUACAGGAGGUCAUGGUGGACUACAGGAGGUCAUGGUGGACUGCAGGAGGUCAUGGUGGACUACAGGAGGUCAUGGCGAACUACAGAAGGUCAUGGUGAACUACAGGAGGUCAUGGUGAACUACAGGAGGUCAUGGUGGAUUACAGGAGGUCAUGGUGGAUUACAGGAGGUCAUGGUGGAUUACAGGAGGUCAUAGUGGACUACAGGAGUUCAUGGUGAAUUGCAGGAGGUCAUGGUGGACUACAGGAGGUCAUGGUGAACUACAGGCUCCUGGAUUCAUUCAAGGGGAAGAAGUGGAGCAUGUUGACAUCAGGUUCCUGUUACCUGUCCUGGUCCCUGAAGACAGCUCGCCUGGUAAAGAAGAAUCAACAAAGACUCUUCUUUCUCUCCAGAGCCACAGUAGAAACCAGCAGCUGCUCAGCUCAGGACAGGAAGGACUUAGCAGCCCAGGAGAUUGUGGGAAGUCCUCUUCUAGCCCUGGGCUCAAACACCAGGAUUCAGAGGAAGGCUUCAUUGUCCUGCUGUAUCCGUGGGCGGACGUCUGCUCAGAGACCUCCUGAUAAACUUUCUCCAUCCAGCUCACUCUGGAUUCUUUGGUCCACCACCAAAGACAGAAAAGUCUCUUCAUUCGUCCACAGGUCUGGUGUGUCAUCACUCCCUGUCCAAUCAGAGGCCUGCACUCUGUAGACGUCACAUUAUCGGCUCCAAUCAGCUCUCUGGGAACCCCGACCCAGUUGGAACUAAAACAGUAGCUGGUACCAGGAACUGUGUCCUGAUGGAAAACCUCACAAACCCAGUAGAGUCCAGUAGAUGCUGGUGGAAAAGCACCAUAAGACAGAACCAGCAGCAGCUCUGCUAAGAGGAAUCAGCAUUAAUACUCCUCUACUUUACACUGGGACCAAUUCAGAUACCUGCGACUUUAUUACCAUCAUUAAACCUGUAAAACUGUUAAACAUUCACAGUGAAGAUUGUUGCUGCUUAACGCAGCGACAGAGAUUUCAUGGUUCUAUCAUCUGAUGAAUUAAUACAGAGGUGUCAAACUCAUUCUAGUCCAGGUUCCACAUUCAGCCCAGUGUGAUCUCCAGUGGACCAGUUUUGCUUUAUGAUCAAAACGACAGAAGUCAGACAAAAAAACAACAAAACAAGAUAAAAUUUUGCAAAAAUGAGACACAAAAUGACUAAAAAAUGAGACAAAUGACAUGAAAUAAAGCAAAAAAAGACAAAAAAUUAAAGAAGUUACAAAGCAAUAAAAAAUGGAAAAAUGACAAAAAUGAGACAAAAAACACAAGCGAGACAAAAAGGAAACACAAAACAACAAAAUCGAGAAACAAAACAACAAAAACAUGAGACAAACGACAAAAGUCAGGCAAAAAACAACAAAAACAGGACAAAAUAUUACAAAAAUCAGACACAAACUGACAAAAAAUUUGACAAAUGACACGAAACAAAAAAAAAGGCAAAAAUUUCCACAAAAAUGUUACAAAGUGACAAAAAAAUGGACAAACGACAAAAACGAGACAAAACAACACAAAACAACAAAAAUGGCACACAAAACAAUGAAUAAAGCAAAACACACAAUGACAAAAAUAAGACAAAAACCACAUGUGAGACAAAAAGGAAACACAAAAUGACAAAAAUGAGAAACAAAAUGACGAAAACAAGAGACAAAAGUCAGACAAAAGAAGACAAAAAUCAACAAAAUCAAGACAAAAUAUUACAAAAAUGAGACACAAAAGAACAAUGAACAAUCUAAUAUUUUACUUUCUGAUCCAAACAAUUUGUCAUGGUCUAGAAAUGAUUUUAAAUUUAUAGUUUUACUAAUUUACAAUCUGCAGUUAAUGUCUUCUCUGUAAUUUUUACACUUUGAGGACCGGAUUGGACCCUCUGGAGGACCACUUUUGGACCACGGGCCUCAUGGUGGACACCCCUGGAUUAAUAUGUUGGCUGGAGUUAAUUCUCAUCAUCUGGAGUUAGACAGAUCUGACUACGACUCCAUGAAACAAGUCAGCAAACAGCUCAGAGUUGGUUUACAGCAGCUAUCACUGAAAGGUUUUGAACAAUAAGAUGGUUCAUGAUCAGGACUCUCUCUGAUUGUCGUCCAUCAUGGAGACAAACGCUGCUGCUUCCUUUGGUCCACCACAGUGCCGUUGAAGGAGAUAUAACAGACCUAAACGUUAAUAUGAGCUGAGGCUAGCUUUGCUGCCGUCACCUUUCUGACUGAAUGAAUAAACGGCAGAAGGAUCCAUACGAGCGUCUCGAAAUAGACAGCAUCAGUAGCUUCAUUAAUUAAUUAUACAUCUUCCUCGGCUAACUUUAAAUCAUGCUUUCCUUCACCUGAGACCUCAUAGAACAGUUUAUCAGCUGCAUUGAGAUCAUUUAACUCAUCAUCGAAUGUCAGCUGGAUGUUACUUUACUGGAAAAGUCUCGUCCGUUUGUUGAAGUUAAAAUAUGUUUGUCAGAUCAGGUUUUUAUCAGGAAGAUUUAUCCAUUUCAGAGCAGGAUAUUUGUAGCAGUGACAUCUACAAUGGUGGGGAAAUGGUGAAAUAUUCAUGGUCUUUACAAGUCUAUGUAACUUCUGUUUACAUCUGCGUGUCAGUUUUGCUCCUUAUUAAAUCAAUAAAACCACAAGUUUUACUGGAGUGAGAUUUUGAAAACAAAAGGACAGACACAGAUGAAGGUAGAGAAGCAUUCAGUCAGUCUACUGAAAGUCUUUAUUGGUGAUAGGAUUGUAUGUUCAGUUAUCCUCAAAUGAUGAUCUGACAGAUGAUAUUGUUGUGACUUCCACCUGUACUUCUGCCUUCGUAAAAACUCUAAAUUCUCUUCUAUCAGACAGGCUGGUUAAUCCGUUAUGUGUUGUUUCUGACCCUUUGAGCUACAGUCAGUUUUCAGCAGGACUGUCUCAUCGGUCAUAGAUGUUUUUGUGUAAUAAUUUGUAAUACAAACUUUAAAGACAAACUGAUGAGUGCGAAAAGGUUUUUGUCAUUUCCUUCUAUUCUGCCUUCCUCCCAGAGUCCUACGCCGUCCAUGACCUCCACGAGCGUUUGGCCCACGGUCGCCAGCUGAAGAUCUAUCUGCCCAAGAACGUGGAGAAACUGGUGUUCACUCCAGCAGACGAACCGGGCCGGACCACAGUGUACUGGGACAGAGGAAGAGUCAGGACCAAAGGACAGGUGUCCGGCUCAGGCAACGACCGUCGCUGGUACAUCGACAAGGUGACUUAUGAGGACCAGGGGACGUACAGCCGGAGAGACUUUUGGGAUAAAGAAAUUUCUACUGUCAAAGUGGCCGUGACACCCAGACAUAACUAUGUGAAGUGUGUAGCAGGAAAGAGUCUCUACAUCUCCCUGGAGGGCAUCGACCUGGCCGACGCUCUGCUCUCCUUCUCUUCUGGGGAGGCUAACGUUACUCUGGUCCGUGAUGGAGCUCCGGUGUCCCAGGACCUUCCGGAUUACUGGGACCGGGUUCAGACUCACUCCAUGAAGAUUGAGAUCAAGCAUGUGAACUACAGCGAUGAGGGGCGCUACACUCUGAGGGACCGCCGGGACAGGAUGGUGUCCAUCACCAGGAUGGACCUCACAGACCGUCAUGAGUAUUCAGAAGGAAACCCUCUCAUGGCUCUACUCCUACUGCUGGGAAUCCCAGCUGGGAUUUGCUGCUGCUGUCGGAAGAAGAUUUUCAAAAAGAAAGCCAGCAGUGCUACAACGCUGCAGACUUCCCCAGAAACAGUCCAUCCUCCUCCCAGUGGUCCUGGUGGACCGUGUCCUCCGUACAGCUCUCCUGGACAACCAGGAGCGGUCUACUAUGACCCCAACUCUAGCAUGGGUCCUGCAGUCCAUCCUCCUCCUCCAUCUGCUGGUCCAGGACCGUGGAACUGCCCUCCACCCUCCCCUGGUUUCAACCCAGCCUACCCACCACAGAACCCUUCUUACCCCCCUGCUGAUCCUGCUAUGAUGCCCCCUGCCCCGGGUCCACAGUGGAACGGCCUACCCCAGGGGCAGUACCCUCCUGGACCCGCAGCAAUGGGCUAUGCUGCAGCUCCAGCCACCUACAGCUCUCCUCCACCACUAGAAGCCAGUGAACCCGUAAAGGAGGAGGUGAAGAUGGAGAACAUGGCCUCCACACCGGCUGAACCCCUGCUUCCUGCAGCACUACAGGGUGAAGCUGCUGUACCCAACACUCUCAGCUCCUCUGAUGGAGCUCAUCAGUUCCAGAUCGACAGUGGGAAGAACUCCACCAACUUCCUGUAGAAGCAGCUUCCUUCCGGUCUGAUUCACUUUGAUGUUACAGUUUGUGUUCUCCUGCCUCAGACCUCAUAUCAGGGAAAGAAACCAAAGCUCUUGCAGUACAUGUAUACAUAUACAUACUGUGUUUAUACACACACACACACACACACACACAGGGUAUCAGUCAAAAGUUUGGAUACAUGUUCUCAUUCAAUAAUUUUUAUUUAUUUUAAUUAUUUAUUUUCUAGAUUGUAUAUUCAUACUGAAGACAUCAAACUAUGAAAGAACACAUAUUACAAUGAGCUUCAUGAGGUAGAAACUGAAAUGGUUUGAAUUUCACAGGAAUUCCUUAUCAGGGUUAAUUUGUGGAAUUUCUUCCUUCUUAAUGGGGUUGGGACCAUCAGUCGGUUGUGCAGAAGUCAGGUUGGUCCACAGUUGACAGCCCUAUUUGACAACUAUUAGAAUCCAUAUUAUGGCAAGAACCAAUCAGCUAAGAGAAACAACAGUCCAUCAUUACUUUAAGAACGGAAGAUCAGUCAGUCUGGAAAACUGCAAGAACUCUGAAUGUGUCUCCAACUGCAUACAUAAAAACCAUCCAGCUCUACGACCAAACUGUCUCCAUGAGGACCCUCCAGUAAAAGGAAGACCAAGAGUCUCCUCUGCUUCUGAGGAGAAGUUCAUCCUAGUUUCCAGCCUCAGAAAUAUAAAGUUAACAACAGCUCAGAUUAGAGCCCAGAUAAAUGCCACCCAGAGUUCUAGUAGCAGACACAUCUCUACAUCACCUGUUCAGAGGAGACUGACCAAUCAGGUCUUUGUGGUCCAACAGCUGCUCAGAAACCACUACUAAGGAAAAGCAACAAGCAGAAGAGAUUAGUUUGGACCCAGAAACACCAGGAAUGGACAUUAGACCAGUGGAGAUCUGGGCUUUGGUUUGAAGAGUCCAAAUGUGAGAUCUUUGGUUCCAUCCACCAUGUCUUUGUGAGACCAGAAAAUGUGAAGGAAUGGUCUCUACAUGGAUGGUUCUCACCAUGAAGCAUGGAGGAGGAGGUGUGAUGGUCUCUGUUGGGGAUUUAUUCCAAACUGAAGGAACAUUGAACCAACAUGGCUACCACAGCAUCCUGCAGUGACAUGACAUCCCAUCAGUUUGGUUUAGAUGGACCAUCAUUUAUUCUCCAACAAGACAAUGAGCCCAAACACACCUCCAGGGUGUGGAAGGACUAUCUGACCAAGAAGGAGAUGAUGGAGAUGACCUGGACUCCACAGUCACCUGACCUAAACCCAAUGCAGAUGGUUUAGGAUGAGAUGGACCACAGAGUGAAGGUAGAAGGACCAACAAAUGCUCAGCAUCUCUGGAACUCCUUCAAGACUGUUGGAGAACCAUUUCAGGUUCUACCUCCUGAAGCUCAUCCAGAGAACGCCAAGAGUUUUUAAAGCAGGAAUCAAAGCAAAGAAUCUAAAAUAUAAAACAUUUUCUGGUUGGUUUAACACUUUUUUCGUAUUUGUACUUUUUGGAAUUAUCAAAAGUACAAAUACGAAAAAAGUGUUGUGUCAUAGCUUUGAUGUCUUCUAUAUAUAUAUAUAUAUAUAUAUAUAUAUAUAUAUAUAUAUAUAUAUAUAUAUAUAUAUACACACAUAUAUAUAUGAUGCAGUAUUUAAAAUGAUGAUUUAAUGUUUUAAGGGUACAAAGCUAUCCAAACCUACCUGGCCCUGUGUGAAAAAGUAAUUGCCCCCCUUGUUAUAUCAUGAUUUAACUGUGGCUAAUCACUAACCACAUUUUUUGGAAAGUGAGUUCACACACCCAAGUAGAAAACUCAAAAUAAAAAUCUCCAAAACCUCCAACUAAAUGCGGCCAGCCAAAGAAAUUCAGGAACAGUUGAUAUCUUUCAUUCUGGAAAGAGUUCCAAAGCCAUUUCUGAAGCUUUAGGACUUCAGAGAACCACGAUGAGAACCCUUAUCUACAAAUGGAAAAAACAUGAAACAGUGGCUUCAGUUAAGGUCAUAGUUCAUGACUCAACAAUAAGGAAGAGACGGUCAGAAAUGGAUCCAUGGCAGAGUUCCAAGGAGAAAGCCACUGCUGACCAACAAGAACAUAAAGGAAACAACAUCUGGAUGAUCCCCAAGACUUCUGGAAGAAUAUUCUAUGGACUGAGGAGAUGAAGGCUGAACUUUCUGGAAGUGUGUGUCUCGUAACAUCUGGAAAAAGAACAUCAUCAACAGUCCAACAUGGUGGUGGUGUGAUGGUCUGAGGACCUGGACGACUUGCUGUGAUUGAUGGAACCAUGAAUUCUGAUCUCUACCAGAACAUCCUGAAGGAGAACGUUCCACCAUCAGUUCCUGACCUCCAGCUGAAGCUCAUUUGGGUUCUGCAGCAGAACAACAAUCCAAAACACUCCAGCAAGUCGACUUGUGAACGGCUUAAAGAAACUAAAUGAAGGUUCUGGAGGGGCAGAGUCAGAGUCUGGACCUGACUGAAACGCUGACAGGACCUUUAAAAGGACGUUCAUGCUGGAAAAGCCUCCAGUGUUGCUGAAUUAGAACAAUUCUGCAUAGAAGAGUGGACCAGAACAUCUCCACAGGGAUGAGAAAGACUCAUUUACGGUUCUAGAAUAUGCUGCAACCAGUUAUUAGCUUUAGGGGGCAAUUACUUUUCACACAGGGGCAGGUAGCUUUAAUCAUCAUUUAACAGCUGCAGUUUGUGUUUACUUGGGUUAUAUUUGUCUGAUAUUUACACUGAUUUGAUUAUCUUAAACAUUAAAUUGGGGAAAAUAUGCAAAAAAAAAAAAGAAUUUGAGAAGGGGGCAAAUACUUUUUCUUCCUCUUUUUGUUGAGGUGACGCCAUUAAACCUUGUCCUGUGAACAGACUAUGCAGACCUGCUAUAUUGAUUCAGUUUACAUUCUAGGCAGCCAGCUUUUUAAAAUCACAUCAGAUCAGUUCUAAACUGCUUUAUGGUCGCACUUUGCAUAGAAAGUAAACUGUUUAGCUUUGAUUGAAAUCUUGUGUGUGUAUACAACUUUUACAGUCGAUCCUUACCUUUCAAACCGACAUGAACACAGAGUGCCUUCUCAUCUCAAUCUGAAGGUGAAUGGAGCCUUUUUUCUGCCGUUGGACCACAUGAUCAGACCUGUUGUUUUACUGUCCUGGAGCUGAUGUUACUUACAUGGAAAAACUCACUUGGUGUUGAACUUUUGCUUUCAGAUGGUUGUAUUUAGAAUUUUAUUUGCAAUGUAUAAAAUAAUCUUCUGCGUAGCUCUAGUUGGUGGUUCUGGAAGCUGGUGAAGUUGGAGAUGAUGUGUAUUUAUCCUCACCUGUUGUAUUUCUUCUCACGGUCCCACUGACCUCUAACUAACUUCCUACCUCUCAUUUUAUACCUCUUCACAUCGUACAUGUAGCCGAUGAGCAACUCCUCGUCAAACAAUUUACGCAUGAAUAAAGUGAAACUCACUCUCCUUCCGUUUGCUGCUUCAGAAGGGAAUUGUGUGUUACUAACAACUUUUGUGAAAGUUCUCAAUAUUUUAAACGCAACAACAAUAUAGAUCAAACGUUCUGUUUUUAAUCUCAUUCUUUGUGUAGCGUUUAUACAGCGUCUAUUAAAGUGUUCAGUAAAAUGUA